AUGGACAAACACGGCGCAAAAGAAAGGCCAAUUGUAGUAGCCAUGAAGGGCCAUCCCGGAACAGGAAAGAGCACGCUAGCAAACGGCCUCGCCAAGGCCCUCAAAUUCCCGUUGAUCGACAAGGACCAUUUCCGAGACUCCACGCUCCCGAUCCAACGAGCCCUCGAGCAAGCCGCCGUGCUCACCACCGAAGCCGUCUCGAAACUACUCAAUGACCUAUCGUACGACGCCAUGUGCCGGUCGGCCGCGACCCAGCUGGGCUUGGGCUUAAGCGUGGUGGUCGACUCGCCGCUCUCGAGGCGGGCCCACCUCGACCGGCUGCUGGAGAUAGCAUCCGGCGGCCUGGUCGUGGUGGUGGAGUGCAGGGCAGGGGAUGAGGCCAAGUGGCGGAGGCGGAUCGAGGCAAGGGCAGCGGCCGGCGGCGGCGGGUGGCUGCACAAGCCGUCCACCUGGGUGGAGAUGGGGCGGCUGUUGGAAGGUUACGGCGGUUGUUGGGACUAUGAUGUUGGUGAGGUGCCUAGGAUUGUUUUGGACACCACUAAAGUUGGUGUUGAGGUUGGGGAUUUGGUGUCCAAGGUGAUUGAGUUUGUCCAUUUUUCAGUUGGGUUCAGGCAAGAAGAGCUGUAA